AUGGGGCGGAGCGAGGCAGCCGGAGGGGCGGGCUCCCGGCGUCGUGGUCGCGCUCGCCCGCUGCUCUCCCGGAGGCUGCCGGGGACCCUUGGCUAUGUCCUGGCGCCGCGCGGCUUCGGUGGGGAGGCGGCUGGUGGCGAGCGGGAGGAUCUUGGUGGGGCGGCGUGGCGCGGCUGGAGCUGAGGGCUCGGGAAUGGGAAACAGCACGUCGUCGUUUUGGGGGAAGUCUGCAGCUACUCCUGUGAACCAGAUCCAAGAAACAAUUUCUAACAAUUGUGUGGUGAUUUUCUCAAAAACAUCCUGUUCUUACUGUUCCAUGGCCAAGAAGAUUUUCCAUGACAUGAAUGUCAACUACAAGGCUGUGGAGUUGGAUAUGCUGGAAUAUGGCAACCAGUUUCAAGAUGCGCUUCACAAGAUGACUGGGGAAAGAACUGUUCCCAGGAUAUUUGUCAAUGGACGAUUUAUUGGAGGCGCAGCGGACACUCACAGGCUUCACAAAGAAGGGAAAUUGCUGCCUCUGGUUCAUCAGUGUUAUUUAAAAAAAAAACAAGAGGAAAGACAUUGAAUGAUGUGGAUAGUCGCCAUACCAGUAAAUGCUAGUUAGUGCAGUCGUACCUUUGACUUGAGGCUGUUUUCAGUGUGUGGAUUGCCUUCAUAAAGAUGAUUCAAAAUAAUGAACAAUAAAUUUCCCUGGACCCUUCA